AUGUAUGCCUUCUCGAGCAUCACUUUUAGAAGGUAUCUUCCAAGAUCCCAACAUUUAAAACCCUUAGCAGUUUUUCUGAGAUCCCAGAAAACCAAAGCGAUCCGGCCGGAGGAUGAAAGCCAUACUCCUGGCUCAGCAAAAUCAGAAACGGAAAAUAUUUCUGUGCGCCCCUUCGAAGACAUCCCUGGACCUCGGAAAAGCUUGAAGUCGUUCGCAGAGUUUUUCGUUAAAUCCGAACGUUUUACAAAAGCAUACAAAGUGUAUGAUCUACUGUUUGAGAGAUAUGGUCCUAUUUUCAAGGAGAACAUGACUUUCGGGAUUCCAGCACUGCAUGUCAUUGAUCCUUGUGAUCACGAAAUGGUUCUUCGUGCAGAAGGAAAAUACCCUUCAAGACCAAUAAUAGAUUUUUGGCUCGAGCAUCGUCAACGGAGGAAUUAUUUCCCUGGCAUGGUACUCUUGGAAGGAGAAGAAUGGCACAGAGUACGAUACAGUGUGUCCCCUAAAAUAUUACGUCCAAAGAUUGUAGAGGAAAACAUUGAUAACUUUAAUGCCGUAACCAAGGAUGCAAUUACAAGUCUGGUUAAACUAAAGGAAGCAUGUGGACCAGAUAAUCAUAUUCCUGACUUGGAAGGCGAGCUGAGUAGAUGGGCCACAGAAAGUGUGGGAACAGUGGCAUUUGAUGCUCGUCUUGGGUUAUAUGAAGAUCCUCCCAAAGAAGAAGCCAUGAGAUUCAUCCAAGGUGUUCGUGAUUUUUUUUCACUCAGUCAUGAGCUGUUUUUUAGCUUAUCAAGGAGAAUUGCCAAGCAUUUUGAUAUUGAUACACCAAAACUGAAGAAAUUCUUCAAGACUGGUGAUAUUCUCAUAGAAAUUGGAGAGGGUUUUAUUGACAAGAGGAUGAGGGAGCUGAAAGAAAUGGCGGACAGGGGAAUUGAUCCCUCUGGCAACACCCAAGUUGUUUCAAUGUUAACAUACUUGCUCACCAAGAAGGAACUGACUCCUGAAGAGGUUGUUGGUGUGGUGUUAGACGUAGUAGGUGCUGGUGUUGAUACCACCGCAAAUUCUCUUCUGUGGCUGAUGUAUAAUUUGGGACGUAAUCCUCAUGUGCAAGAAAAACUCUACCAGGAAAUUGAGAAUGUAGUAGGAAAAGAAGAAGAUGUUACAUCUCAGAGUCUGGCAAAACUGUCUUAUCUCAAGGCUUGUGUCAAGGAGUCUUUGAGGUUAAACCCUGUUCUCCCAAGCAAUGCUCGGAUAUUGGACAAGGAUAUUGUGUUACAGGGAUAUAAUGUUCCCGCAAAGACCUUCGUAAUUUUAGAAAAUUAUUGUAUUGCGCGCUCUGAAAAGUACUUCCAAGAUCCUCUUGAGUUCAAACCAGAGCGUUGGCUUCGAGAAAACAAAGAUGAAAGCCACCCAUUUUCUAGUGUCCCUUUUGGAUUUGGAUCCCGUAUGUGCCUUGGACGUCGUUUGGCAGAGCUAGAAAUGUACUUGUUUGUUUGCAAGUUACUUCAGCGGUUUCGGUUAGAGUAUCGCCAUGAUCCACUUGAGAUGUACCAAAAGAUCGUUAUGGUUCCUGAUAAACCAGUUAAGAUCAACCUAAUCGACCGCCGUUGAGUCACAGCGUUCAAGGAAAGCAAGCUUUCGACCUUCUACCAGAUCCAGAUGCUGUCAAAAAAAAGUCGUUAAACGAGUCCCUCCCAAUUUAAACACUGUAAAUAAGCUGAGAUCUUGUCUUCCUCUUAAAUCUGUUAAAUGACGCCCCUCCCCCCUCCCUCCCGCCCGCUAAUCCAAGGAUAAACUUAUUGUUGUAACAGUGACCUCUAUGAAUCUCUAGACUUGUCACCCUGACUUGUGCGUACUGUUACGGAACUGUUUUCAACUCUCAAUGCUCUCUUGAAUACUGGUUAGGGAAGUACAUCAGCCCUUCCUCUCGGUUCACGAGUUCCUCAGCCCAGUCCCUCGCUACACUUACUCUUUUCCUUUAAAAAAAACGAGGACGCUGUCCACCAAGAUGAAAUUAGCGAUGGCGUCAACCUUAUUAGGCAGCAGUUAAAAAACUUCUAUACAGGACAUAGCAACACAGGACCCGUAGCAUAACCUGUGAGCUUUUGCGUGAAAAAUUAUUAUAUUAUUGUUAUCAUUAUCAUAAUAAGUAUCAUUAUUACUGUUGUUGUUAUUUUUUUUUAUUUAUCUAGUUUUAAACUCAGCAUUUUUUGAAAUGCAAAAUUUUCUCUAGUUAAUCCUCCUCAUUAAACGAAUACCUAAUGUAGUACCUUUUAAUAGAAUGAUCAAUGUAUGUAACAGUUUAGUUUAACUCCGCUUCGAUUACUGCAAUCUUGUUAGGGGCAACUGUAACAAAGGUCUCGCUGAAAAGGUUCAUAAACUUCAGUACCAUGGAGGCCUUAUUUUUAUGUCCGAUGAUGUGUGCUGGUCUUUAGGAUGGCGAAACCUCACUCAUGAAAGAUAAGAAAAGAAAUCAACGAUGAUGUACAAAACUUUACAUGGGAUGACUCCAAAAUACCUAGGGGCUAAUUUAGUGUUGCCCGACCUCUUGACGUAAAUAAACUAACGCCUCCACAAUCCCUCACUGAUCAUUUGAAGAAAUCUUUUUUGUACAGCCGUGCCGAGUUGCGGAACAGCUUGUCACAGUUCUUGAUGGAAGUUGUACACGGCAUCCUUGUAAAGCAGCUUUUAUUACCUUAAUUUUGUUUGUUUAUGAUGUAGUUUAUUACUCAAUUAGAUAGUUAGUGCUUGAUAUUAUAAAUCGGCCUUUUCCGUGUUUAAGAAAAAUUAUCAAUCUGUCUAUCUAUCCUCCCCUCGGAAAAGCCCUGCUUGUGAAAUUUUACGAUAGCCGUACAAGAAGCAUUUCUUGUAAUGCUUCCCUGUAUUAUUUGUUUCAAAAUUCUUUGAUAUUAACCCUGAAAAGCCCCUUUGAGAAGUGGUCAAUAAGGACAUUUAUUUAGUUUUUUCAUUAUUAUAUUUAUUCUUCAUUUGCAAGAGGAAGCCAAUUGGCGGUUCACCCGGACCUACCGGCGUAUUUACUGUAUAUGACUAAUCCUACCACCAAACAUGAUUUACUAGGAAUAGUCAAGCUCCUAAGGUGGCUAUAUUAUAUAUCACUGCUUGCAUAAUUAUACUCAGUUAAUUAUCCAUCGCUUGUAAUAAUUACAGUCCGUUUAUCAUGUCUGUCAUCGUGCUUACAUAUAUCAUUGUAGGUGUAAUCUAAUCAACCUUUGUCCUCUUUCGUUAUCUUGACUCAUUCGCUCUUCAGACAGAUCGGCAAUGCUAUCGACAGGCAUAUUCUACUUAAAGGUCUGGACAACAGACAAGUUUUAAAUAUAAUCUUUUCUCCACUCUAUUAGUUUGAUCCUUUACUCUAAACUUUCAUAAACAUUUCUACUCCCAAGUAAAAGGGAACCCAAAGCGAAAAUGUAUUGAUAUAAUAAUUUAGUAUACAUUGUAUGUCAGCGACUUCGACACGUUAAUAAAGUUCUUAUCUUAUCUUA